GUUAUUGUUUCAAGACUAAUUCCCUAUAGUCCGAGCAUAAAUGAUAGCCUCCCCCUUGUCUUUUUCAACAACAUAAUAAGGAAUAUCUAGGCACACUUCUUGGCGAUCAGAAUUUCAUUAUAGCUUUAAGCAUGUAUCAAGAGUCAACUGGAGUAGAGGAUGCAGAGUAUCAUAUUAUGUACGACCAUUAUGAUCACAUGAAGCUCCCUCAAGAUGCUACGGCAACACUAAAGCUAGCAACUGAAACUCUGUCCAGCACAGAUUCGCUUACCACUGUAACACUAUCAGGGGGUGAAGGUCUUGUAGCUCCUGCAUUGGCCAAUAAUUCCCAUACUGCCACAAAUGCCCUUACAACCACAUCAUUUUCUGGAGGAGUGAGAUUGACAGCUCCAUCUCUGUCAACCAAUGGCAGCUUGGCCAUCACAUCACUCACUAGUGCAGCAGCCACCAGUACUAUUCCUACCACAUCCACUCCAACAGAUAAUUUUGCAAGAUCUACCAUUGCAAAUAGUGACACCAUCACUGCUGCUACUAUACCUGCUGUAGAUACAAAUACACAUAACCAAGUCUCUCCAAUGAACAUGAAUCAGAUUGUGACAACUUCUGGGGAUGGCGUGAUUGAUGGAAACCUUGUUACAUCGUCUUCAAUAGAUGCAGUUGUAACAACAAUGGUGGCACCUUCAGAUUGUCCAAAUGUGGCCAGCAACUGCAGAAAAGUACCACAGGUGAUUGUAAAACUUCUAAGUGAUGAUUCUCUAAGUUUAGACAUGGUUCGUAUUAUUGCAGAGCAGGAAACUGAUAACACAUCACAUAAUGCUCAUGGUUUCAACAUGCUCACAAGAACAGGAACAUUAGUUCAUACAAAAUUAUCUGAGAGUAGCAUCAUCAAUGCUGUUGCACCCAACCAGUAUCGCCAGACAGAAGUUAUCAGGCCUACCAUCAGAGAUGAAGGAGAAGUCAGCCCAGAAUGUAGUGUAGUUUGGACUUGCGCCUACUGCAGCCUAGCAUUCACAAGUUCUGAAGCAGUGGGGCAACACCAAGAAAAGGACUGCACAGAAAACCCAAACAAUGUUGUAUUUGCAACCACAACGUCUCAGUCUACUGUUGAUGCCUUGAUGUCUCCUUUGAGAGAAUCAGAAGAUCCAUCUUAUGAUCUGAAAUUAGAGCGGGGAGAUUCACAGCCAGAUGACGGUAUGAAAGAGGCUCAAGAUGCACAGAAAGUUCAAGAAAAGAAUGUAGAAUCACCUGACUGUGAAACUACUUGGAACUGUGCUGUGUGUGGCAGUGAGUUCACAGAUCCCAAGGAACUAAAUCAGCAUCAUAUGACUCAUUCUGUUCAGGAGCUUUCUUCAGCAUUAUUUAAAUUCACAACCCCACAUCAAAAAGCCAAAAAGAGCACAAGAGCCAAAUCACCAGUCACUGUAAAGUCAGUCUUUAAUUCAUCCUUGCAAAAUGAUAGUACCAAGGUUAGGUGGAAUAAGGAUGUGGCUGAUACAAAGUUGGAGGAAGAAAUGGCUGACAACCCAGGAGACACUCCUCCACAAACCCCACCGCUGGAAGUUACUGUGAGGAAACGAAAGCGAAAGCCGGGCCCCAAAGCAAAACCACGUGAAAAGAGUGAGAAAAGGAAAUAUGUCAGGAAACUUGGAAGUGAUGGGAAGCCAAUUCGUCAGCGUGAAUAUAAAGUUCCCCCUGCUGGACAUGGUAGUCGUGAUCCUCAUACUUGUUACAUUUGCAGUAAAGUCUUAAGCUCAAGGGGAAAUUUAGCCAAACAUUUAGUUUUACAUAAUCUAGAUAAACCUUGGGUAUGCAAUUUAUGUGGAAUAGGUUUUAAUGCAAAACGAGAUCAUAAACAUCAUUAUUUACAACACCAUACAAACGAAAGGCCAAACAUCUGCAAAGUUUGCGGGAAGGGCUAUGUUGAUAGCAGAUACCUAUUAGAACACAUGGUUUUCCACAGACAGGAAAGAUCCUACUCUUGUGACAUAUGUGGUAAGGCUUUUCGGACUGCCAAAUGCGUCGCAAGGCAUAAAAAAAGACACGAAAAGGAAAAACAUUAUACUUGUGCAAUUUGCUGUAAGUCUUUUGCAGUCAAAGGAGAUCUUACAUCUCACAUUCGUAAGGUUCAUCAUAGUGAUAAAAAGUCUUCAGCCAAACAGCAAAAAGAACAGCAGCUGCAGCAGCAGGCAUCACAGCAGCAUAUUGAUCAAGGAAAUCACCCCGUUAAAUCCAAAGACAUUACAGAAUUUUUGUUGCCCAGUGGAACACCAGCCCACAUCCUCCCAGAUCAGUUGUUGCCGACUGACUUGGAAUCUGCUAGUCUGAGUGGAUCUGUGACCACAAAAGAUGGUAUUUUUAUCAGCAGUGAUCCUUUAGCAAUACCAGCACUUAUCCCAAUCAGAGGAACAGGAGAAAAUGGUGUAAACUGUUCAUAUGGUGUAGCCCUCACCACACCAGCAGGGGGACCAGGUGUGACCCCUACGGUUGAUCAUGCAACUUAUAUAAUGAUCAACAACCCAGAUGAGGAAGUUGCUCCAAAUGCAGUCCCAAGUACUCAUGGUUUAAAUAUCAUGUACACUGCUGAUCCAGCACAGGCUCCAUCACAACAGGUUGGUGAAGUUGAUGGGACUUCCUUGGACCAGAUAGAACACCUCUCCUCAUCAGUAGGUCCUUCUCUGGUAUCCUCAAAUAGCCAACUACACCACCGGCUGAACAACCAGGGACAAAUAGAUCAAGGUCAAGAUGCUCAAACUAUAAUUACUGAGGAGAAUGUGUUGGAAGAAGGCCAUAGACAAGAGCUAAAAUUUAGCACAAGCACAGGAGAGUCCGGCUCAGAGAUGAGAGCUGAUGGCACACACAAUCCCAGCACAGCUCCUUCCCCAAGCGACCCAGGGCCUGGCUUCCACCUAGAAUUACUGUCUCAAACUAUUCAGCUCGAGUUACAAAGAAGUCAGACUUCUACUGGCUUUAUAGGUUAAAUACUCAGAAUUAUAUUACCUUUAAAAGACUAGUUCACAUCUUAGGAGUUGUAUGAAUUUUGCGUGUUAUUGAAAGAAUCUAUUAUGUGUACAGUACUGUUUUUAUAAUGUUAUUUUAUACUGGUGUUCAAGAAUACACAGGCAGCAUAUAGGAUUUACAAGCAUGAUUUCUUUCUCUUUUAGUAAAAAAAUGUGUACAUACAUUGUACAUUUGGCAUGACAUAAGCACUCUGAAUAUAUGAAUGUUUUACUUAUGAAUUCUUACAAAUUACCUAAGCGCUCAUAGUGACCCUUGCAUUUCUGAUAUCUAUAUGUGCAUGGUUGUGGAACCUAUGGCUGCAAGGGUAUGUGAUUGUUUCAACUUCAGAUAUUUUACCAUUCCAGAUUAAAAAUAUAUAGUUCUUAAUUAUUUCAUCUCACACUGCCAGUUCAAUUUACUGUAUGUUAUACCAAAAAAUAAAAUCUGUACAGUG